AUGCCCUCUUACACAACGCCCCGCAACGUCUCAGGCCCGCUAGCCGUCGACAAAGCGCCCAUGAGCCCCGACGAGAACAGCUCGUGGAACCGCCCCAACCACUACAGCACCCCCAACUCAAAGACAUCACAAUACAUUGAUAAGAUCACACAAGAGAAUGACCGCCUGCGACGAGAACUCAGGGCGGAGAAGCUCGCCAGGGAAGAUGAAGCCAAGCGCGUGUCGGCUGCACAAACCAAAGCCGAAGACUCCCGCGCCGAGUACCAACAUCUCCAGGUGCUCGCCGACACCAAUGCGAGAGCCAUAGAACGAAAAGACCGGAAGCUGGAAGAGCUCAAAGCCACGCUCGACGCCGAGGUACAGAGAAGGAAGUCAGCAGAACAGCGGGCCGAAGAAGCGCUCAGGAUGCUGGGCGACACACGAUCAGAGACACAACGGCAGCUCUCACAAGCAUACGAGAUGAGGGGUAUGGCAGACACAAACCUCGAGACGGCACGAGACGGCUUCAAGCGCAUCACCGAUGGCUACGAGAAGAAGGUCCGCCAGAUCAACGACGAGCUCAACGAGCUACGGAGAAAGCGCAUCGAAGACGCCGAUAAGAUCAAGCGACAAGCCAUCAUUAGCGAUCAGCUACAACACGAAUCCUCUCGAUCCACACGGACCGAAGCCAAGCUAACAAACCUGAUGGAGAUUUACAAAAAGGAGCACCGGAAAGAGAUGGAAGGCCUUAUACAAGAAGCAGAGAGGCUGCGACGCGCACUACCAGAGAAGGAGCGAGAAGCGCAGAAACUUGUCGAUUCGCUGAAGGAGACUCGCGAUAAGAUGCGAUGGGUCAUGACUCAACAUGAACGACAAACCGGGGGGCAAUAA